CAAGUAGCUACUUUCUUGUUCUCUUCAGUGUUUGGAGAAGGCUCUCUCUCUUUCUAUACCAGCGAAAAGGUUCCAUCCGCAAUUCAGCUUAGCAGUUGCUGCUUCAUAUUGCCUAAGACAAGUAUUUGUCUUCUUAAAACAUAAUUUUUUUCUUUCUAUUUUUUCCACUUGUUGAUUUGGUUUUUUUUUUUUUUGCUACUUACUAUAUAUUUUAGCAGUUCGACUUUUUCCAAAAAGAAUCCUAUUUUCCAAUUUCUUGGAUUUAGGCUGUUGUAGUUUGGAUGCUAGUAAUCAUUUGAAUUGAGUGCUUUUUAAAUUGUUACCAAAAUUACUAUUGGUAACUUGUAAUUAUCUGAAUUGGGGUUAUCUGGAUUAUUCAAAUCUGAAGGUCUUUCUGAAUAAAGAUUCAAUCUUGACUACAACUUCAACUGAUUUGGGGGUUUUGAUAGAGGUUCCUUUGUGGUUUCAAGCUAAAAAAUGGAACCCCCAUUUUCUGAAAGUCAGGCCAAUAUGUAUUAUAGUAGUCAUUACCUUGUAUAUGCUGUUCUGCCAUUGUUGAAACUCCUAUGUUUAACUGUUAUUGGCCUGAUUCUUGCACAUCCAAGAACCCAAUUAGUUCCUAAAGCUACUUUUAAGCUCCUUAGCAAGCUUGUAUUUGCUCUCUUCUUGCCUUGUACUAUUUUUAUUCACCUUGGUGAGACUAUUACUGUCAAGAAUUUUAUGCGCUGGUGGUUUAUACCAGCUAAUGUACUUCUCUGUACUGCAAUUGGUUGUCUCUUAGGGUACUUGGUAGCGAAAAUUUGCAAGCCACCUCCAGAGUACUUUAGGUUCACUAUCAUCGCCACUGCGUUUGGGAAUACCGGCAAUUUGCCUCUUGCCAUUGUUGGAUCAGUGUGUCAUAGUAAUGACAAUCCUUUUGGUCCAGAUUGUUACACCACUGGUGUGUCUUAUGUAUCGUUUGCUCAAUGGGUGGCCGUCCUGCUUGUUUACACUCUUGUUUACCAUAUGAUGGAACCCCCAAUAGAGUACUUUGAUGUUGUUGAUGGGGGUGGUGAGAUUCAGGAGCCAUUACCUAGUAAUGAUCUAAGUAGGCCACUUCUAGUGGAAGCUGAGUGGCCUGGUAUGGAAGAUAGAGAAACUGUGCAUUGCAAGACACCCUUUAUUGCACGGGUUUUUACAAGUGUCUCAACCCUUUCACAUACUUCCAUUCCAGACCCUGAUAGUGAUAGUUUGGAGGAAGCGCCAGCUCCAGGGAGUCCAAAAUCUAUUAGAUGUUUAGCGGAGCCCCGGAUGGUUAGAAAAUUAAGAAUUGUUGCUGAACAAACUCCAGUUCGACAUGUUCUCCAACCUCCAAUGUUUGCUAUAUUGUUGGCUUUUAUUGUUGGAAUGGUUCCACCCAUUAAAUCUGUUGUUUAUGGUAAAGGUGCUGCUCUCGAGUUCCUCACGGACAGUUUAAAUAUACUAGCUCAAGCUAUGGUGCCUUCAGUUAUGCUGAUUCUAGGAGGAAUGCUUGCUGAGGGUCCAAAUGAAUCUGAACUUGGGGUUCGAACCACUGUUGGCAUCACCGUUGCUAGACUUUUGGUCCUUCCUUUACUGGGAACAGGGGUGGUCUAUUUGGCCGAUCAACUGAACUUUUUAAUUCCUGAUGAUCAGAUGUACCGAUUCGUUCUUUUGCUGCAGUACACAACACCAAGUGCCAUCUUGUUGGGAGCAGUUGCUAGCUUGAGAGGUUAUGCAGUCAGAGAAGCUUCAGCAUUGCUGUUCUGGCAACAUGUGUUUGCUCUAUUCUCUCUUUCUAUAUACAUUAUUGUCUACUUCAAGCUUCUACUUUCUUAUGUCUGAGGUUUGUUCCCAAUAUUCAUGUCAAUUUUUAGAGUUUCUAUGUAAUAAGUGGGGAGGCAUUAGUGCUGUGCAUUAUUUAAUCAACUGAUGUACUAAACUUGUUUGUCAAGGGUCUCAAAGUGGUGUACUUGAUUACCUAUGCCAACAAACAGUGUGUAAACAAACUACUCAUAUGUAGUGUGUGCCUUAGCUUUUCUAUGUUUUA